GGUAAAGAAUGAUAUAUUUUGUAUGUUUAUAGCAAAAGAAGUAUGCAAGGAUCGUGGUAAGUAAACAAAUAAAGUAUAUGCAUAGUUAAUUUAGAUACCUUAUAGAUUACUAGCUGUUGCCCGCGACUUCGUCCGCGUAAAUUUCGAGUCGAAUCGUGAUCAUACAGUCGCAUACAGACAGACAGACAAAAAAUGUAAAAAAAUCCUCUAUCCGUUUCAGCCAAAAUAUUAAAUGUACAGACAAUUUUUUUUACCGUUUUAUUAUAUGUACUUAGUAUUUUGAUUUUCAGCUUUUUUAAAUAAAAUACUCAAACAACACAAAAAAAAAUAUUUUCAAUAAAAAAAAUAUCUUGUUUUUGUUGAGGAUAGUCGUAGUAGAUUCUACUAGUAUCUUGAAAUACGUACUAGUAUAUAUAAUUACUAGAAGUGCCCGCGACUUUGUCCGCGUGGAAUAGUUAUUUUGGGCAUCAUAUUUAUUUUUGCAAACAUCCUCCUCGGCUUUAUCAAUUAUAGCUGCUAAUUGUUAUGCGACUUGGCGACGACUUGGCCCACAUCAUUACCCGCGACGGAACGGAGACCGUAUAGUGAGAUGAGAGGCCUUUGCCCAUUAGUGGGAUCUUACAGGCUGAUACUUUACUUUACUUUAAAAUAGUAAUAUCUUCUAAGAUGUUCAUUGAAAUUAAGUGAUAUCAAAGACAGUUGUGUUUACAAUUAAAUACUCAUAAUCAACAACAAUCUUAAAAGAUAGACAUAAUCAGUUUAAAAGUAGGUAAGAGGUAAAAACAGACAAACAUACAAAGGAAGUAUUAUAAUACGCGGUCAGGCGGUCACGCGUAUUAGAAAGAACGCUGGUUCGCCGUAUUAAAUGUUUCGCUGCAAAUUGCUUAUAACGACUAUAUCUCAAAACCUAUUCAUCUGAUUUAUAUACUGUAAAUGGCAAUUUUAGUCUACAUGAAAAGACGAAAGUAAUAUACAUAUUUAUUUGGAUAAGGAUUAAUACUGAAUUAAAGAAAAUUGGUUUCAAAAUAACUUAUGUUUAUAAUGAAAAAAUAAUCUUAAAAAAUGAACAUAAAAGUGGUUAUUGUAAGUAAACCUUAAGAGAUAGAUAUAUGCUCUCGCGGACUUUUUUGUGGCAAAAAAUGAGUACUUCACAUCUUAAGUACAUUGUUUUACUAUAUCUUUGUUGGUUUGUGCAGCGUUCGCGUGGAAAGCUCGCAGAUGGCAGACUCAUUCAACUUUCACCUGCAUUGUUGACGUUUCCCGUAGGAAAUCCGGGAUAAAAUGUAGCCUAUAGCCUUCCUCGAUAAAUAGACUAUGUAACAGUGAAAGAAUUAUUCAAAUCGGUUCAGUAGUUUCUGAGAUUAGCGCGUUUAAACAAACAAACAAACAAACAAAACAAACUCUUCAGCUUUAUAAUAUUAGUAUAGAAGAGUCCGGAGAAGGUCCUUUUUAUCCCUGUAAAAACUUUUGUUCCCGUGGAAAUUGCGAGAGAGCUGUAUUUAUUUUUAAGUGCUGCUGAAUUCGCGCCUGUAAAUAGCGCAAAAGUCGCGCGAGCCUGUACAUAAAUAAAUAAAUAAAAUGACAUAUUAAAAUACUGGCCGACUGAGGCCAAAUGCCAUUACUAGUUGUAGACGAUAACAGAAGUAGUAAGUAAUCAAAAUAGGUAUAUUGAAACACUCUGAAGUGUUUAUUGGCUAUACAUAUACCUAGUAAAUUAAUUGGAAUUCAUCAGUAAUUUUAAGGUAAUGAAACAUGAAACUUCUUUGUGGUUUAUCCUUCGUUUUGACAGUUUGCUCUGCGAGAAUUCGAGAGGGCCCAUCAAAUAGUGAACGUUACUUUUACGUCGGAGGCGAUGAUGAUAACAAACUUACUAUGAUCGAUUUAGAGGAACCAGUCGAUGAAGAGUUCAUUAAAAAUUAUACAAGUGACCCGGAUAAAAAUGGGUAUUGGCUAUUUACAAGAGCAAAUCCAUUGACUCCACAAAUUUUAAAGUAUAAUGACACUAAUAGUGUUAAACAUUCAAACUUGGAUAAAAAUAAGAUAACCGUUGUCUUGGUACAUGGUUGGAGAGGAAGUUGCACUAAUGAAUUCAGCACUAUGCUCACAGAAGGUAUAUUUAUUUUUAUUGAUAUUAUCCUACACAUAUUAAAUUUCAUCAAUAUCAGACCAAUUUUCGGAAGUUCCUUCCUUCAAGACCAAGAUGUAAACGUCAUUGUAAUGGAUUGGAGCGCCUUGGCUGGACAAAAUUAUGUUACGGCGGCGAAAGGGACGCCGGGCACGGGGCGUUGCCUAGGCCAGUUUGUCAAUUGGUUGGCCAGUCUUGGCGCAGUGCGGUAUGAGACAAUGCACAUCGUGGGGUUUAGUCUCGGUGGACAUCUGGUGGGUAAUGCCGGUAAAGAAACAGGUGGGAGAGUCCAGAGAAUAACAGCUUUGGACCCGGCCGGUCCGGGAUGGAACCUUUGUCCUGAACGCCUCAACAAAACAGAUGGCCAAUACGUUGAGGCCAUACAUACGUCACUUUUCACUGGACUCUUUGCACCAAUUGGUUACGCCGAUUUCUAUCCCAACGGGGGAAUAAUCCAGCCAGGAUGUGUCUCAGAUAUUUGUGGUCAUAGUCGAUCAUACCAGCUAAUGGCUGCUUCUAUAAAAUUCAACCAUUUUGAGUCAAGAGAAUGCGGGAGUAUUAUUAACGUGGAAUUAGAUUUGUGCGCCGAACCUAUAGAAUUCAUGGGCAAUAGUUAUUUGAGACCAAAAAGUCCUGGAUUAUUUAGAGUGAAUACUAAAGGAACUUAUCCAUAUGUAGUUUCCGAUUUACCGUCCUUAUAAAUGGUUAAUUUGAAGGAUAUACCCCCAUGAGUAAAUCAAUAAAAUUAUAAGAACUGACAAAGAAAAAG